UCUGGCUUCCGGGGUUGUCCCACCGCAAAAAGUUCUUCUCUAGAAUUCUUCCGAUCAGGAACAUCAGACCUUUGAUUCCGAAGAGUCAGGAAACAACAUGGCUGAUGCAAAUGCAAACGCAGACCCGUCAGGGGAAGGAGUUAUUUCCAAGAAAGCUUUGAAGAAACAGCAGAAGGAAGCAGAAAAAGCAGCAAAGAAAGCUGAACGGCAGGCACAAAAGGCAUCAGAAGCGGAUGUUGUCGAAGAAGAUGACUAUGCAAAAGACCGAUAUGGCAUUCCAAGAAUGGUGCAGUCCCAUGAGAAACCAGAUCGUAAGCUGGUGAAGGUUGAUACUUUGACCUCUGCCCUCGCUGAUCAGACUGUUUGGAUACGUGCAAGGCUACAUACUUCCCGCGGCAAAGGCAAGCAGUGUUUUGUGGUCUUACGUCAGCAGCAAUUUACCAUACAGGGUAUCCUUAAUGUCAAUGACACCAUAAGCAAAGCAAUGGUCAAGUUUACCUGUGGUGUAUCCAAGGAGUCCAUCGUGGAUGUUGAAGGUACUGUUGCAGUUGUAGGCCAAAAGAUUGAGAGCUGCACGCAGCAAGAUGUAGAGCUACGUAUCCAGAGGUUUUACGUCAUCAGCCAAUCUCUUCCCCGCCUCCCUUUGCAAAUUGAAGAUGCUUCUCGCCCCAAGGGGGAUGAGGAAGAAGGAGGCCAAGCACCUACGGUCAACCAAGACACCAGGCUGGACAAUCGUAUACUGGACCUAAGGACCCCAACCAACCAGGCUAUUUUCCGUCUUGAAGGAGGCGUCUGUCAACUAUUCAGGGACUCCCUCAGAAAGCGUGACUUUGUUGAGAUCCACACCCCCAAGAUUAUAUCUGCCGCUAGUGAGGGUGGAGCCAAUGUAUUCACAGUGUCUUACUUCAAGACCAAUGCGUUCCUUGCUCAGUCUCCUCAGCUGUACAAGCAGAUGGCAAUCUCAGCCGAUUUUAACAAAGUCUUCACUGUCGGAGCAGUGUUCCGCGCGGAGGAUUCCAACACCCAUCGUCAUCUGACUGAGUUUGUUGGUCUGGAUCUGGAGAUGGCAUUUGACUAUCACUACCAUGAGGUACUUGACGUUAUCGGUGGAAUGUUUAACGAUAUCUUCCGCGGCCUUCGUGAUCUGUUUGCCACUGAGAUCGCUACUGUCAACAAGCAGUUCCCUGCGGAGCCAUUUAAAUUUCUAGAUCCACCACUGCGUCUUGAGUACCUUGAAGGGGUCAAGAUGCUGAAGGAGGCAGGAGUUGAGAUGGGGGAGGAAGACGAUCUGAGUACUCCAAAUGAGAAGCUCUUGGGGCGUCUAGUCAGGGCUAAGUACGACACUGAUUUCUACAUACUGGACAAAUAUCCACUGGCUGUUCGACCGUUCUACACCAUGCCUGACCCUACUAACCCUAAAUAUUCCAACUCCUAUGAUAUGUUUAUGAGGGGAGAGGAAAUCCUGUCUGGAGCUCAGCGAAUUCACGAUCCGGAAUAUCUAUCCGAGAGGGCCAAGCAUCAUGAGAUAGAUUUGGAGACCAUCAAAUCCUACAUUGACUCCUUCCGUUUCGGAGCGCCCCCACAUGGCGGGGGUGGCAUCGGUAUGGAACGCGUCUGUAUGCUGUACCUUGGCUUGGACAACAUACGCAAGACUUCCCUGUUUCCUCGUGACCCCAAAAGGUUGACCCCAUAGGGCGUACUAAUAUGCACUGCACGUACAGUGAUAUGCAUCUAUCAUGCAGCCACCUGUGUCUUGUUCCUGGUAUUGACCCCUUGCACGCACGUCACACGCGGCCACUGUGCCACGCUCACCAUACUGGUGGCCAAUAGGUUUACA